AUGGCCGACCCUCACCACCAGCCAAGCCCAAAAUUCGGCAUAACCCCCGUGCGCACCGCGGGCGACCUUGCUUCCGCCAUCACCCUCUUCCACGCUUACGCGGGCUCACUGGGCAUCGACCUGUCCUUCCAGAACUUCUCAGCCGAGAUGUCAUCCAUGCCAGGGAAGUACUCUCCCGAAGCGGGCGGCGAGCUGCUUCUCGCGCGGGACACUGCAAGUGGCGAGGCGAUUGGCUGUGUGGCGCUGCGGGCGCUCCAACUCCCCGCCGCGCUGUCGACGUCGAGCUGCGAGAUGAAGCGCCUGUACGUGACGCCCGCCGGGCGGGGCACGGGCAUGGGUAAGGCGCUCGCUGCCGGCAUUCUCGAUGUUGCUGAGAGGCUGGGCUACGGCGAGGUAAGGCUGGACACGCUCCCGACAAUGGUCGCCGCGAGGAACAUGUAUCGCGCGCUGGGCUUUGUGGAGAUCGCGCCAUACUAUGAGACGCCACUGGAGGGGACGCAUUUCUUGAGUUUGAGGCUUCCUCGGAACGUGUGA